CUCCGGCCCAGCAGACCCCCCUCCGCCUCGCGGCCCUCUGCUGGUGGUGCUCUUCUGCCGUCACCCGCUCCAAGUGUCAGCAGAGCCCUUCACCACGUCCAGGAGCUGAGGGCGAAGGUGCUCAGCGGCUGCCGGCAGCCAGGAAGACAGGCGGCUGGCUUUCAUGGAGCGACUGAGCGGUGCGGCCCAGCUCUCAGUCAGAGACUCCACACCAAGUGCCCGAACUCUGACUCUUUGACGUGGACCCAGCUCUUUGUCCAGGGCAUCGCCAUCAGCACCCAAGGAAGUUGCCCACUGUCAACAGUGGUGAAGGAAAUAAAGCAUGUCCUUGAAGAGGUGGUGUAUCUGCUGGAGCGUCUGGAGGCAGAUCGGCAGCGCGCUGAAGAUUCCCUCCUGAGGGAGAAGAGGAAAAAGCUCUUCCUGGAGACACAACUUCAGAGGAUCUCAGCAAGGAAGUGUGGUUCCACGAUUGAAAAGGAGAAAGACACGUCCAACAAAGACAUCUCUGACCUGAAGUGGCAGAUAAAGUGCGCGUCGGCUGCUCUUGAGCAAGUCGGCGGUGCGCUCUCAGACACCAAGGUUUUGAACCAGCGCUUUCACCAGGACGUCCACUGUGCCAGAGAGCAGCUUGUCAAUCUGAAGGCGCAGCUUGAUGUUCAGGAGCGGCUGAUACAGGAUGUGACUCGACAACAAGCUGAGGCAGAUGAGGAGCACUGCAGGGUGCAGUCGCAUCUUCUGGCAGCAAAGGAGGAGAUGAAAAAGUUGGAGCAGCAAACCAACAAGGAGAAGGAUUGGAUGAGCGAGGAGCUCCUGCUGCUGAAGACUGCGCUGGACGCCCAGGUGACCCAGUUGCAGCAACUGGAGGAACAAGAAAGGCAUCUAAGUGCUGAGAUCAAAGAAGCGGAGACAACCGUUGCCACUUCAGAAGAGAAGUGCGUGGCCUUGGAAAAGGACAUUCCAGAAAUGGAGGUGUUGGAGACGGAACAAAAGCGGCAGAUUUCCCGCCUGAAAAGAAGAGUUGAGGAUGAGGCGCAGCUCAACCGAAGACUGGAGGAGGAGCUGGCCGUCCUGUGGCAGAAGCUGGAGGAAAGCAAGCAGGAAGGAGAGGCCGAGGUUGCCCUCGUCCGAGAGCAGCUGUGGUCCAAACGCAGCGCUCACGCCGCUCUUCGCACCCAACACCUGGAGGAUGAGCGGAUGGUUGAGGAGAACAAGAUGAAGAUUUCACAGAGUGAGAAGGCAGUGGAGCAGAUGCUGGAGCAGAGAGAGCAGAUGCUGCAGAAAAUCUCCCACAAUGAUGAGCAGUUGGGAAGAGCCAGGGAGGAGGUGACCCGAGGGCUGGCCCGCCUCCGUGUGAGCCGCGCCGAGCUGCAGGAGCAGGAGCGCCGCCGCGGGCUGAGGGAGCAGAGGGCCGGGGAGGAGCUGGAGUCGCUGAGGAGGGAGCGGCGCCGGCGGGAGGCCCUCAGGCGGCUGCUGCAGGGACAGUGUGCGCAAAUCAGCCAUCAGCUUCAGGAGCAGCAGAGGAGCUCAGAUUUGGUCUUACGGAAGCUGAAGGAGGAGUUUGAAGAUGUCCACUCAGCCACGGAAUCUUUGGAAGCCAGACUUGAGGAGCUGAAGAAGCAGAGGUCCCAGGUGGAGCGGGUGGAGUCUGAGCACAAGGAGGAGCUGGCCCAGCUCCGGAGAGAGCAGCAGCUGAAGCUGGAGCGCCUGAGUGCCGUGAAGGCCAUCGAGGCCGCCUCGGCGCUGAGGUACGAGCAGGUCCUGAGCCAGAUCACUGGCCUCCAGAGGGAGACGGAGCAGCUCAGGCAGGCCUCGGCCCGCGCGCAGGACGACCUCGGCGCCAUGCCGGAGGUCAUCGCCAGGCUCCAGAGGGCUCUGGGUGCGGCGGAAUUCACAGACGGCUCAGCUGCGCUCCUAUUGAGCACCUUGCGGUCCGAUAUCAGCAGGUGCCAGCGUGGAAGGCAGCGAUCCGUGCGGCGCCACGCGGCACAGGUCGCCGGCAGGACGACGCGGGCGGGCCAGGCCAAGGAAGCCCUGGCUCUGGCCCUGGAAGAGAAGAAGCGUCUGGCGGCAGAGCAUGAGGAGCUGAAGAAGCUCCUGAGCAAACACAGGCAGCAGACUGUGCGUGUGCUGAGUGAGAGCAACCACGCUCAUCAAUCUCUCCAGUACUACACGCAGCUCUCUUUGUUGCAGAAGAGGAUGCACAAAGCUUUGGUGAAACACUCGAGACGACACGGCCUCCACAUGCCGUGGGAGCUGGACGGCUGCCAGUCUCUUUCUGGGGAGACGCUGGAGCAGAGAGCCCCCGCAGCUCAGGACCUGGUGCUGCUGGCACUGUGCUGCGCUGACGCUGUUGUGGAGGAGAGCGCCCUCACGCCGGCUGCUCUGCAGCAGGACAGCCUGGGCUUCUCUGGAGCUCUUCACCUCUGGCUCCCACUCCCAGCCAGCCUCUUCCUGAGGGCCUCUAACUGCAAGCCGACAAACAGCCUGCUGCAAGCCAACAGCCCCACUGAAAUGUUCCGGGGGAACGCAGCGCCCGUGACCCCGAGAAGCCAGAUAACCUUCGCUGAGUCUUGA